AUGAGUAGAGGGUUGUUCCUGAAAUUUCCCACUACACACUAUCAGGUCCCGGCCUUCGCGAGCAGCAGCCGCUGUCCGUCCUGCUUGCUCGGUUCUGUUGCCCUCAGCGAUAUGCUUCCACGGCGUAUUGGUCUGCCGACAGCCAAUGGGCGCAAUCACUUGCCGCGCCAUUUGGCCUCUGAAUCGGCCUUCGCUACUCAUUCUGGAUUGUCGGGUUGGUUGCCCACUCGAUUUGCCCAUUUCACCAACCCUCACAUGAAUCGGCUCUCGCGACAGCUCAUGCCGCUGGUCGAGCGGGCGUCCGUUUUGAGCAUAGGAGCUGAGCCAAAUGACGCUUGCACAAUGACAUGCAUUGUAACAUUACCGAUAAGUUGGACAGGACAUACCAACACGACAUUGAAUACGAUUUGCACCGGCCCGGCUGCCGGCUUGGCCAGACGCUGA